CCUAUUAUCAACAACGUAGUCUCACACAAAACAACCAAACUCCUAAUAAUAACCCUUAUAGAACAACAUGGCACAACCACAAUCAUCCCCCUCACUACUCUUCAAGGUUCACCGGCGUGAACCUGAGCUGAUCGCUCCGGCUAACCCAACCCCUCACGAGUUCAAGCCAUUGUCGGACAUCGAUGACCAAGAAGGUCUCCGAUUUCACAUUCCGGUGAUACAAUUUUAUCGGCACGAUCCUUCCAUGCAAGGAAAAGACCCGGUCAAGAUAAUUCGUGAAGCACUUGCUAAAACGCUUGUGUUUUACUAUCCGUUCGCCGGCCGGCUAAGAGAAGAGCUGCCGGAGCGUAAGCUGACGGUGGAAUGUAACGGUGAAGGUGUGUUGUUUAUUGAAGCCGACGCUGAUGUUUCUCUGCAGCAAUUUGGUGACGCUCUUCAGCCUCCAUUUCCUUGUUUGGAUGAGCUUCUUUUUGAUGUUCCUGGUUCCAGUGGUGUGCUGAAUUCUCCUUUGUUGCUUAUUCAGGUAACGCGCCUCAAUUGCGGUGGUUUCAUUUUCGCUCUCCGUCUCAACCACACCAUGAGCGACGCACCCGGUCUAGUCCAAUUCAUGUUAGCCGUAGGAGAGAUGGCGCGUGGAGCACAAGCUCCGUCAGUUCUUCCAGUAUGGGAAAGACAAAUUCUGAACGCACGAAAUCCACCUCAGGUGACACGCGUCCACCGCGAGUACGACGAGGUAGCUGACACUAAGGGAACAAUAAUACCGCUCGACGAUAUGGCUCACCGAUCAUUCUUUUUCGGGCCGACCGAAAUCUCCGCUCUUCGACGACUAGUCCCGCCUCAUCUCCGCCGCUGCUCUAAUUUCGAACUAUUAACCGCCUGUCUUUGGAAAUGCCGAACAAUGGCAAUUAAUCCAGAUCCAACCGAGGAAAUGCGUAUUAUUUGCAUCGUCAAUGCGCGGAGCAAAUUUAAUCCGCCGUUACCCGCCGGUUACUACGGCAACGGAUUUGUCUUCCCGGUGGCGGUGGCGACGGCGGAGGAUUUGUCUAAGAAUCCGCUUAGUUAUCCGUUGGAAUUGAUAAGAAAAGUUAAAGAAAAUAUAAGCGAGGAAUAUGUGAGAUCGGUGGCGGAUUUAAUGGUGGUGAAAGGUAGGCCCCACUUCACGGUGGUGAGGAGUUACCUAGUGUCGGAUGUGACACGUGCAGGGUUUGGAGAGGUUGAUUUUGGGUGGGGUAAGGCUGGUUAUGGCGGGCCAGCUAAAGGUGGGGUCGGAGCAAUUCCCGGAGUUGCAAGCUUUUAUAUACCGUUCAAAAAUAAGAAGGGUGAGGAUGGGAUUGUGGUCCCAAUUUGCCUGCCAGCUCAAGCUAUGGGUAUUUUUGUAAAUGAGCUGAAUAGUAUGUUACAGAAUGAGGAGAGGAUUAGUAGUGCAAACAAGUCCAUUUUUAUUACUUCUGCACUGUAAGAGUGAAUCAUAUAAAUGUGUUAUUUAGUGUUACUUUUUGAAAAAGAAAUAAAAGAUUAAUGUUACUUUUUA